AUGGCAGACGGCAGUGGAGUCUUGGAGACAAAUAUGGUGCUAGAUGAUUCAGAAUCAGCACGUCCGAGUGACCAUGAUGCUUGUAUAUCAAGCAGCAUGAAAACCUCUGAGACACGAUCGGCAGCGGCGGUUCCAGUAGUAGCACCACCACCUGAUGGCGGUCUAAAGGCGUGGAUUCAAGUGCUAGCUUCCAAAGGCGUGUCCGCCAUCUCAUGGAUCGGCACCGUGCAAGGCUUUCUUCUGGUUUCUCUUUGUCUCAUUGUCGGACCGCUUUUCGACCAAGGCUAUUUCCGACAAAUGAUCGUGCUUGGCUCAUUCUUGACCGUGUUAGGAAUGAUGAUGCUUAGUCUCGCGGAACAAUAUUGGGAAGUUUUCCUAGCACAAGCAUUGUGCACAGGAUUGGGCACGAGCUUUCUUUUCCUCCCGAGCGUAGCCAUCGUCGCCACAUAUUUUACAAAAAAACGUGCUCUCGCCAUUGGUGUGGUGGCUUCAGGUGGUAGUAUCGGAAGCGUGAUAUAUCCAAUUGUCUUUGAGCGAUUACAACCUCGAGUAGGAUUUCCAUGGGCGACGAGAGUUAUUGGCUUCAUCUCCUUGGCAACUCUCACCAUCAGCAUUGCAACGUUAAGAGCACGUCUACCCCCUCCGAAAAAGGCACGUACCUUGCUGGAUCUUCCGGCAUUCAAGAGUCCACCCUUUACCCUAUUUAGCAUAGGACUCUUCUUAUCAUUCGCUGGGCUUUAUGUUCCAAUUUUCUACAUUGUCAGCUGGGCCCAAGAGCACGCACAAAUUGAAGCUACCCAGUCUUUCUACAUGCUCGCCACGCUUAACGGCGCUUCUGUUUUUGGCCGAAUUAUUCCAGGUAUCUUGGCCGAUAGAUUUGGUGGAAUGGAACUCAUGAUCGUAACCUGUACCAUCGCUGGAAUCCUUGCCUUUGUCGCCAUUAUCAUCGAUAACUUGAGCGGUGUGGUUAUAUUUGCUAUAUUAUACGGUUUCGUUUCCGGGGCACUGGUAUCGCUUCCCAAUGUCGUUGUCGCCUCGCUGACACCCAAUAUGGCGUUGAUGGGAACAUGGAUGGGAAUGAGCUUCUGCUUUGCAGCUACUGGCAUCCUGAUUGGGAAUCCGAUUGCUGGGACCAUCAUCAACGUGCCUGAGAACAGGUUCACCGGCGGUUUUGUAUUUUCUGGCUCCCUGAUACUGGCAGCGGCAGCAUCGUUUGCUGCUGCAAAAUGGUCUAGAGGGGCUAAGAAUAAAGAGUGA